AUGAAUAAAUUAUUAUCAUCACCUCAAUGGGAAGAAGUUGCUCGUUAUGUAUAUAAUAAAGUUAAUAAUAAAGUUCAUAGUAUAAAAUUUAUACCAAAUAAUUAUUCAAUUAAUGAUAUGUUAUUGGAGGAAUAUAUAGAUUAUAAUCCUAGUUCAAGUCUUUGUCAUGUCAGUUACCAUGAUUUUGAUAAUGGCAGUGAUUUUUUAGUAACUUAUUUACACGAUAAUGGAUUAACGACAAACGAUUUUUUGACAAGAGGAGGAAAUUAUUGGGUGGUGUUAUUGGACCGAGAUUAUUAG